AUAGCUUUGAAAGGUUCAUUGCAUGUGUCGGUCGUUUGACAGUCGAUUUACAUGCUUUACUCUGCUUGAGAAUGACCACCUCCGCCUUCCUCCCUAGUCAGCCCUCGCAGCCCUAUACCAAGCCCACCAAAGCCAAGCACUACAAGCCAACUCAUCCAGACUUGUUCAAAGUAGAGUUCUCGAGCGCCAACGGAACCGAUCAAGGUCCAGACGAGGAGACAUAUAGCAGUCGCUUAGUCGCUGUUCGUGAAUUUCCCCCAAACACUGUCAUCGCACCCUUGGUCAACCUGUCCCUCGCCGAGGAGAAAGCGUACUCUUCUGUGCAAUAUGGCGUCGGAUCCCGAGAUCACUUUGAGCUCAAUUCGGACCUCUUGUUCAUGAAUCACUCUUGCUCCCCUUCCGUCUACCUUGAUCUGCCUUUGGAUCAACCACAUCAAUGGUGUAUCCGGACUACAUCUUCAGGGAUUCAAGCUGGCCAGCCCGUGACGUUCUUCUACCCCAGUACAGAAUGGGAUAUGGCUCAAGGAUUCGAUUGUGCCUGCGGAUCCAAGGAAUGUCUGGGUCAAAUUCGAGGAGCCAAAUACAUCAGUCUAGAAGACUUGGAGAAGCGAGCACCAGUCAACCAGCAUAUCAAGCUGCUCAAGGCUCAGCAGCAAGAGCAGGAGCAGCAGUAGCAGCAGGAGCAGCGAUCAUUUUGAGCAUCCAUAGAGUCAUAGAAUGCAUUCACAGUCCCAAAG